AUGGUUGCCAUUCGAAAAAUGACUCUCGGUGAUCGACGACAGAGCUUUCGGAGCCGAUUGCAAUGCGCGUUGUCCUUGACAUCCUCUGAGUCUGAGGAUAACCGGAGUCUGUCCAGGUCUGCCGCAGGUGACGCCACAGAGAAUGAGUUUUCUAUUCAGGAAGAGGAUGACUGCUCUGGCAACCAGCAAAGGAACAGCCUAGCGGAUGGUAGCGAGGAAGAAGUUCCGCCAGAUUGGAGUGUGGAGUUUAGAAAUGGAAAUGAACGAGAAAUACCGCCGCUACCUGAUCUCUCUGGAGACUGCAAUAUGAUCGCCUUCGAAUGUGUCGCAGAACUAGAUGUCCGAAUGAAGUCUAUGGAGAAUUCACUGAAUAGCCAGAGCAGCUGGAAUGAAACUGUUCGCAACGAUCUGGCGGGAAUUCUGAAUCGACUGGCGAUCGUGGAGACAAUGAUAGAGAAGAUAGCCAAACCGGCAGAACGUACUACUAAAGAGGCUACUCCAGAGGGCCACAGAGUCGGGCGGACGCUUCGUUCGCAGCAGUGA